GUUUUUGUCAAGACAAGGCGUGAAAAUAAAGUGGAAUUUUGCGAUGAUGAAAUCAGUCAUUCAACUUAUAUUUGUUCUUUGGUGUGGAGUGGUUACAAAUGCACAAGACAAUGGUAAAAAAAUCACGUCUUGUUUGUAAUACAACAAAAAUAUCUUUAUGGCAGUUGUGAUAUAUACAGAAUGAUAUUAAGUAUACAAACAUGUGCUGAAGGCGAGUGUAAGGGGGAAAUCACGUACUCCUCCUAAAUUCUCGUAUACUAUGACGUAAAUGUUUGAAAAACCAUGUAAUUAUAUGUACCGUAUCAGUUAUAUAGACCAUAAAUACAUUAGUCAUGAAAUGUCCCAAUCAGAGUGUAAGACAGAAAGUAGGCGCUGUAUAUUCGUACAGAAUCGGUACCAAAUCGACUAAUACCAGGCGCAGGUUUGUAUAAAACUUUAAAAAACUUAUUCAUAAUUCAUAAAGAAAACACAAAGAAAAAUCAUAAGCGUGUCGUAUCUGUAUAUGUGAUACAGAUUCAUGUUGAUUUACAUAAACUUUAACUUUGAUUUUCUCGGCUUAGACAACGUUUAUUUUUAAAAUUGUUUCGCCAAUGAACUCAUAAGAUGAGUCGUUUUUUAAGUCAUUUACAACAUUCGCGUCCGUGAUAAUAAUGAUAUUUGUGGUGUUACUCUGAGUGCAUAUCCACACCGGGCGAGCUUGAAAAAUAUGCCCGGCCACAGUGGGAUUCGAACCUACGACCUUUGGAAUACUAGCCCAAUGAUCUUCCAACUGAUCUAUGCGGUCAGGACGGUUCGAGUUAGUGAUAUUUCGGAACAGAAUCUAGUUCCUUCAAUACCAACCGUCCUGACCGCAUAGCUCAGUUGGAAGAGCAUUGGGCUAGUAUUCCACAGGUCGUAGGUUCGAAUCCCACUGUGGCCGGGCAUAUUUUUCAAGCUCGCCCGGUGUGGAUAUGCACUCAGAGUAACACCACAAAUAUCAUAUUCACCUGAGUACACUACACCAACAGAGAAAAAAAAAUUCGCGUCCGUGUUGUAUCGGAUAUACAAACUCUCGCCUUCGGCUCGAGUUUGUAUAUCCGAUACAACACGGCCGCUCAUGUUGUAAAUAUUACGUCAACGUUGCAGUUUUUAACUAAUGAAACAAGAAUAAAGAAUAUAUAUACAAGACUUCAGAAUUGCAUCUAAGCCAAGAAAAUAAAUAUUGUUAAAAAAAUCAUUAUACUUCUUAGUAUAUAUAGCAAGUUUUCUGUACAAUCAGUUUUCAUGCAGGUUUUCAGUUAUGCAUGUGUAUAGACAUGAAAUUUUAAUAGUUUUUUUUCAAACUUUCACCUCUCAUUUCAGAAACUUUAAUUAAUUUUUUUAUUCAGGAUUCAAUUUAAAAGGUUAAAAACGAUAAAUGGUUAAAAUGACAACGUUUCGAGCAACUUAGUUGUUCUUCGUCAAGUAUAUGUUUCUUUUAUAGAACCGUUGUCGUUGUCGCUGAGGGAAAAUGCCACUAGCAUUGUUCGUCCAAGGCCAAGUCGCACUGCAGUUGUUGGUACCGUGAAUGCUACUGUAAUAUCUACACCAACAUUUCACUCAGCCACAG